GCUCUCGGGGCGGAGGGGCCUGCAGUGCAGGUGGACCCGAACUGAGUCACGCAGUGUCCACUUGUCGGUUCCAAACGUGGAGCUACGGGACUGGCGCACUGGCUCCCCCGAGGCAGGGGACUCCCUCCUGCCGCAUUUCGGUGCAGAACAGGUGUGCAGCCCGCCUCUCCGCCGUGGGAACAGAGAUCAUCAUUCAGGUCGUCAUGAUCUAAUGCCAAGAACAAAACAGACACACACUUGCUUGGAUUGACUGAAUACAGUUAUUAAAAGUAAAUAUGGAAAAUGAACCAGACCAUGAAAAUGUGGAACAGAGCCUCUGUGGCAAGGCUGCUGAAGAAGAACUGAAUAAGGCUUUCAAUCUAGAAACUUCACUUUCAAAAUUCUCUUACAUAGAUCUGGACAAAGAACUGGAGUUCAAAAAUGAUCUGAUUGAUGACAAGGAGUUUGAUAUUCCCCAAGUUGAUACUCCUCCCACACUGGAAAGCAUACUAAAUGAGACGGAUGAUGAGGAUGAAUCAUUUGUUCUUGAGGAUCCGACAUUGUUAAACAUUGACACUAUUGAUUCUCACUCGUAUGAUACUUCAUCUGUAGCAAGCUCAGAUAGUGGUGACAGGACCAACUUAAAAAGGAAGAAGAAAUUACCCGAUUGUUUUUCACUCCAUGGCUCCGUUAUGCGACAUUCCCUUUUGAAGGGAAUUUCUGCCCAGAUAGUGUCUGCAGCUGAUAAAGUAGAUGCUGGCUUACCUACAGCAAUUGCAGUGUCCAGUCUGAUAGCAGUGGGUACAUCCCAUGGAUUGGCUUUAAUAUUUGGAAAAGAUCAGAAUCAAGCGUUGCGGCUUUGUCUGGGCAGCACCAGUGUUGGCGGGCAGUACGGCGCCAUCUCCGCCCUCAGCAUCAACAAUGACUGCUCGCGGCUUCUGUGUGGCUUUGCCAAAGGACAGAUCACCAUGUGGGAUUUGGCCAGUGGGAAACUUCUGCGAUCAAUAACAGAUGCUCAUCCUCCAGGAACGGCAAUCUUGCACAUCAAGUUUACAGAUGAUCCAACUCUGGCAAUUUGCAAUGACAGCGGAGGCUCUGUUUUUGAAUUGACAUUUAAGAGAGUGAUGGGAGUGCGGACGUGCGAAUCGAGAUGUCUUUUCAGUGGUUCCAAGGGCGAAGUUUGCUGUAUUGAGCCGCUGCACUCUAAGCCUGAGUUGAAAGAUCAUCCCAUCACACAGUUUUCAUUAUUGGCCAUGGCCUCCUUGACAAAGAUACUGGUCAUUGGACUGAAACCAUCCUUGAAAGUGUGGAUGACUUUUCCCUAUGGACGGAUGGACCCGUCCAGUGUCCCACUGCUAGCCUGGCACUUCGUGGCAGUGCAUAAUUAUGUGAACCCCAUGCUUGCUUUCUGCAGAGGAGAUGUUGUUCAUUUUCUGUUGGUUAAGAGAGAUGAAUCUGGAGCCAUACAUGUCACCAAGCAGAAGCAUCUUCACCUGUACUAUGACCUCAUCAACUUCACUUGGAUAAAUUCACGGACAGUCGUGCUCUUAGACAGCGUAGAAAAGUUGCAUGUCAUUGAUCGGCAAACACAAGAGGAGUUGGAGACGGUCGAGAUCUCAGAAGUUCAGCUGGUCUAUAAUAGCAGCCAUUUCAAGUCACUAGCCACCGGAGGGAAUGUCAGCCAGGCGCUGGCUUUGGUUGGAGAGAAGGCUUGUUACCAAUCCAUCAGCAGUUACGGUGGCCAGAUCUUUUAUUUGGGGACAAAAUCUGUUUAUGUGAUGAUGUUGAGGAGUUGGAGAGAGAGGGUGGAUCAUCUUCUCAAACAAGAUUGUCUUACAGAAGCUUUGGCUCUUGCGUGGUCUUUCCAUGAAGGCAAAGCAAAAGCAGUGGUGGGACUAUCAGGGGAUGCCAGUAAGAGAAAGGCGGUUGUUGCAGACCGAAUGGUGGAAAUCCUAUUCCAUUAUGCAGACCGAGCCCUGAAAAAGUGUCCAGACCAGGGGAAAAUCCAAGUGAUGGAGCAGCAUUUUCAGGAUAUGGUGCCUGUCAUAGUGGAUUACUGCCUUCUGCUGCAGCGAAAGGAUCUUUUAUUUAGCCAGAUGUAUGACAAAUUAAGUGAGAAUUCAGUGGCCAAAGGAGUGUUUCUGGAGUGCCUUGAGCCAUAUAUUUUAAGUGAUAAAUUGGUGGGGAUCACACCCCAGGUAAUGAAAGACUUGAUUAUUCAUUUCCAAGAUAAAAAGUUGAUGGAAAAUGUGGAAGCCCUUAUUGUACAUAUGGACAUCACCAGCCUCGAUAUUCAGCAGAUAGUUCUCAUGUGCUGGGAGAAUCGCCUGUAUGAUGCUAUGAUCUAUGUGUACAACAGAGGCAUGAAUGAAUUUAUCAGUCCAAUGGAGAAACUUUUUAGAGUCAUUGCUCCUCCUCUGAGUGCAGGAAAAACGCUAACAGAUGAACAAGUUGUUAUGGGCAACAAGCUUCUCGUAUAUAUUAGCUGUUGUCUGGCGGGUCGUGCCUAUCCUCUGGGUGACAUCCCUGAAGAUCUUGUUCCCUUGGUUAAAAACCAGGUUUUUGAAUUUUUAACCCGCCUGCACUCAGCAGAGGCCUCUCCUGAGGAAGAAAUCUACCCCCAUGUUCGGACUCUGCUGCAUUUUGACACAAGAGAAUUUCUAAAUGUGUUGGCACUGACGUUUGAAGAUUUUAAAAAUGACAAGCAAGCUGUGGAAUAUCAACAGCGAAUUGUGGAUAUUUUGUUGAAAACCAGAUGGUGUACUGAGCGAAUGGUCUCUCUCCCUCACCAGGUCAUGGUGGAGAAUUCAGAUUUCACUCCCUCACAAGUGGGCUGUCUCUUCACGUUUCUCGCUCGGCAGCUUGCAAAGCCUGAUAAUACCUUGUUCGUAAACAGAACGCUCUUUGAUCAGGUCCUCGAGUUCCUCUGUAGUCCCGAUGACGACUCACGGCACUCUGAAAGACAGCAGGUCCUUUUAGAAUUACUGCAGGCUGGAGGCAUUGUUCAGUUUGAAGAGAGUCGGCUUAUCCGUAUGGCAGAAAAAGCUGAGUUCUAUCAAAUUUGUGAAUUUAUGUAUGAACGAGAACACCAAUAUGACAAGAUUAUUGAUUGCUACUUACGUGACCCACUGAGGGAGGAGGAGGUCUUCAAUUACAUUCACAACAUCUUAUCCAUUCCUGGACACAGUGCAGAGGAGAAGCAGUCUGUGUGGCAGAAAGCAAUGAAUCAUAUUGAGGAACUUGUGUCCCUGAAGCCCUGUAAAGCUGCGGAACUGGUUGCUACCCACUUUUCUGGACAGAUUGAAACAGUUAUUAAAAAACUUCAGAACCCAAUUUUGCUAUUCAAAUUUUUGAGGAGCCUUCUUGACCCGAGGGAAGGGAUUCACGCAAAUCAAGAACUGCAGAUCUCCCCCUGCAUUACCGAGCAGUUCAUUGAGCUGCUGUGUCAGUUUAACCCCAACCAUGUCAUAGAGACGCUGCAAGUCCUCGAGUGCUACCGCCUGGAGGAAACGAUUCAGAUUACUCAGAAGUAUCAGCUUCACGAAGUCACUGCGCAUCUGUUAGAAAAGAAGGGGGAUAUUCACGGUGCCUUCUUAAUAAUGCUAGAGAGACUACAAAGCAAACUUCAAGAGAUAACACAUCAAGGCGAAAGUAACGAGGCUCUCUCAUUGAAGGAUGUCGAAGAUACCAUGGUAGAGACCAUUGCUCUUUGCCAGAGGAAUUCACAUCAUUUGAACCAGCAGCAACGAGAGGCGCUCUGGUUUCCGUUACUGGAGGCGAUGAUGGCCCCGCAGAAGCUGUCCGUUUCAACCGCACCUCACCUCCCCUCAGAAGCUCUGAAAUCUUUGACCAUGCAAGUUCUAAACAGCAUGGCAGCAUUCAUCGCCCUCCCAUCAAUCUUGCAAAGAAUCUUACAGGAUCCAGUUUAUGGAAAAGGAAAACUUGGAGAAAUCCAGGGACUUAUUCUGGGAAUGUUAGAUACCUUUAACUAUGAACAAACCCUGCUGGAAACAACAACUAACCUUUUAAACCAGGAUCUCCACUGGUCCCUGUGUAACCUGAGAGCUUCAGUCACGAGAGGCCUGAAUCCCAAGCAGGAUUACUGCUCCAUAUGUUUACAGCAGUACAAGAGACGGCAAGAAAUGACCGAGGAGAUUAUUGUCUUUAGCUGUGGCCAUUUGUAUCACUCGUUCUGUCUACAAAGCAAAGAAUGCACCAUCGAAAUCGAGGGCCAGACCAGAUGGACAUGCUACAAAUGCAGCUCAAGUAAUAAAGUAGGAAAACUCACUGAAAAUUCAUCUGAAAUUAAGAAGGGAAGGAUAACCCCAUCGCAGGUAAAAACGUCUCCAUCCUAUCAUCAGUCCAAGGGGGACCCUGCUGCUAAGAAGGCAACUUCAGAGCCCGUUCUGGAUCCACAGCAAAUCCAAGCCUUUGAUCAGCUUUGCCGUCUCUACCGAGGAAGUUCCAGGCUGGCUCUCCUCACGGAACUCUCCCAGAGCCGGAGCAGCGAGAGCUACAGGCCGUUCGGUGGCUCCCAGAGUGGCUCUGCUUUCAACAGCAUCUUCCAGAAUGAGAACUUCCAGCUGCAGCUCAUUCCGCCGCCUGCAACUGAGGACUGAAGCCUCCCUCGGGCCUGGCCCUGGAGACCCAGAGAAGAUCCCAAGGCAGCUGAGGAGGGGCCUCUCCUCUCCGGCUUGGCCUCCUCUGCCUCCCACACUCUGAGCAGAGGUUCCAGGCUGGCCUCUGUUCCCAGGGUUUCCCCCCAAACCAUCCCAGCCUAGGCGCCCUCUCUUCCACAGUGCUGCCGCAGCAUCAGUUCACCAGACUGGUUGGUUUUGUUUUGCUUGUUAAGCAGAAGAAUGACACAUACCUCCGUCCAGUUUUUUGGAAAUACAUUUUGCCUGUUGGGACUUUUAUUGUUUCCCCUGAAGCCGAGAGUAUAUUCCAAAGUCUGUCAUAUUCCGUCUCCUCCAGCUAGUGGGUGACAUGCAUGGAGCAGUGGUUGGUCAGGUGCAGUAUGACUGGGGAGAGCAGAGAACGGACGGGCUGGUGGCAUCCCCCCUUUGAUGUGUCUGUGUUAAAACCCGUCUGAGUGUAGGACUUGCCCUUUCUAACAAUGCACGCUGCCGUGUUGAAGUUCCGUGGGCCUGCCGACUGGCUGCCGAGAUCUGUCUCAAGUGGCAGAUGUGUAGAGAGCCCCCUUGCCACACUGCAGUUUUACGAGUGCAGAGCCAACGUUCCUGACUGGUACUCCGCUUUACUCAGACGAGCAGCUCCACCACAGGCUCCAUGCAGAGCCACCCAGAGACCUGGGUUUCCACCUCACAUACUCCAACGUCCAUUUUACCAGUUCACUCAGGAACGACCCGGCUCUCGUGAACUGAUGCUAACCAAACCCACAGAAAUACACAUAUACACUAGAUGCACAUAGAUUGACUUUAUAGAACAUGGAUUCUGCUUCUGCCCUACUGUGAUCCUCAGCAAGGAACCUGACCUCUCUAAGCCUGACAUAAUACAUGUAAACAUUGAGCACUGCACACACAAGGCCGGUGCCCCAGAAGUAUCAGCUUAGCUGCUGUUGUAUAACUCUUGCCAAGGCCAAGGCUGUACAGGGUACUGCCUCCUGAUGAAGGUUGAGGUCAGAUUUGAGAGAGUGGCAGCUAAGCAUGAAAUGACUGCCAGUCGGAUGCCCACUGCAACUAUAUGCAAUGUGAAUGAGAAAGCUAAGGCUCAGAGAUAAGAAAUUUAACCAAGAUAGCACUCAGAACUGGGAUUCCAGAGCCAGCGAUGCUCUCUCCCCCGGUUAUGUAUGAAAAGGUUUCCCCAUGAGCCUAAAACUAAAGACAAAAGAACUUGA